AUGUCGCACAAUAUUCUCGUCACUGGUGCCUCUGGAUACCUCGGAGGCACGCUUCUCGCCCGUUGGGAGAAGAGCAGUCUCCCUCCAUAUGGGCAUUUGUAUGCCCUGGUUCGUUCAGACGAGCAGGCACAAGCCGUCAAGAAGUAUGGGGCGGAACCCCUGCAAUGCGAUAUCCACGACCACGAGAAUUUGAAAAAGGCCAUUAUUGACAAGGAGAUCUCUAUUGUAUUCUUCCUCAUCGAUUCCUUCACUGAUCAGCACCAACCACCCAUCAUCGAGGCUCUUGCCGAGGUGAAAGCAAAAACGGGAAAUGAAGUCCAUUUUGUACACACCGGGGGUGCGAAGCACUUUAGUCGACAUGCAGGCAUUCACCGUGAUGAGCCCUUGCUUGAUACCGACCCAGAGAUCUACGACAUUUUGAAAACAUCUGUCUCACCGCAUGACUAUUUUCAACAAACUACCAGAACAAACAUCAGCGUUAUUGAUGUGUGCCAAAAGCACGGUGUUAGAGGGUACAUCUUUGCACCGUGUAUUGUAUACGGACGCGGAGAGGGGUUCGGGAACCAGGUCUCGAUUCAAGACGUUGCCAUUGUAAAGGCAGCCGUAAAAGCUCGAAGAGUAUACAAAGUCGACACGGACAACCCGACCUGGCCUGUCUGCCAUCUCAUUGAUAACACCAAUCUUUAUCUGCAAAUGGCGCGAAACAUGCUGCUCAGUCGUGAUAUGGGCUACAACAAGAAUGGUUUCUAUCUGGCUGCUUCCGGCAGUGUGUACUGGAAUGACUUGUACGCUUCCAUGGCCGUGGCUUUGGCAAAGCGCAAUCGUGUGGAUGAUGCAACUGUGGCGCAAGCCGACGAUGCUGCCCUAGUCACCAUGGGGGAAGCGCUUGGGGUACCGGCAUCCCUCGUUCCUGUGAUGUUGGGUGGAAAAUGUAUGUUCACGGCAGUGAAUGGAAAUCAAAUCGGUUGGAAGGCUCAGUACCCCCCAAAGCACAUUCUCGAGGCAGCUGAUGAAGAAGUUGAACUGAUCUUGGGAAGUCUCGAUGAAAAAUAG